CUUACCUUGGCCUCCUGUGCCGCUGCACAUAUAUAUAGCUCCCACCACCACGAGUAAUCUAACAGAAUAAAUCAUGGGACCAGCCCACGGCCACCUCGUCCUCCUCGUCGCCGCGGUGGCGUUGCUGUCAGCUGGCUUCCUCCCGCACGCUGUGGCGAAGAAGGGCGGCGCCGUGCCACCGGCGGUUGCUGACAUAUGCUCUCGCACUCCAUUCCCAGACACGUGCAAGAGCACCGCCGGGCGGCACGCGUCCAAGUACCCGGUGAUCGACGUCGUGGCUGUGCUCAACAUGCAGGUGGACGCGUUCUCCAAGCGCACGGCGCAUGCGAGGGAGCGCGUGACCAAGGUGUCCCGCGGCGCACAGCCUCAGCAGACGCAGGCGCUGAGCUUCUGCGACACCAUGUACAUGAACACCCAGGACACCAUCGGCGCCGCGGAGCGGGCGAUCACCUUCAGAGACAAGGCUACGGCGAAGAUCAUGCUGCAGCUCGCUGUGCAGGACUUUGAGUCGUGCGAUCGGCCCUUCAAGCAGUCCGGGAUCAACAACCCCUUGGAGAAGAUCGACGUAGAGCUCAACCAGAUGGCACAAAACUGCAUGACACUGGCCAGCAUGAUAUGAGACUCAUGAAGGACUGAAUCGAUGAGAAUAUGAGAUGUCACGUCAUUCGAUCAGGAUGUCCACGGAUUUGGGGAGGACCUGGGUUUGGUUUUUCCUUCUUUUACAGAAAUUCAUUUACUAAUUUUGUGUUUUAUUUUCUUGACAGUGUCUAAAUUUGUUAAUUAUCACGACCCGACCUGCGUUUGUUGUGUAGGUCUUUUAACGUGGAAGAAGAGGGCCUUUUACGUUUAUCAUUUUGUACUGAGUUCACUAAUUUGUUCCAUUUGAUUGAUUGAUGUUUUGUGUUAAUCUUUGUUGUUGUUAGUGUCGAAUAGUUAAUUACUAGGGGUUCCUUCCCCCGUUGCUGCAGGGCAGUGUGGGUAUAUAUAUAAAGUUGUAACAACCAUACGCGUUUUCAAAGCUCGUAUGCAAUUCCAUAUUUUGCCUUUUGCUCUAA